AUGGAUCGCUCCCGCUCCAAGCGCGGGUACCACUACGACCAGGACUCGCCGCCGCCCCGCUCCAAGCCCCGCUUCGACCGCCGCGGCGGGGGCGGGGGUCCGAACCCUAACGCCAACUACCACCGCCGCGGACCACCCGGAGGUGGCGGCGGCGGCGCCUCCGACCGCCGCGGCGGCUUCCUCCCCCCUGACGCCGCACCGCCCCCUCUCCCGCCCCCGCCGCCGCCCGCUUCCUCCGCGGCGGCGGGGGGCGGGGGUCCCGGCCAGACCACCUCCUUCCGCAUCCUGUGCCCGGAGUCCAAGACCUACGGCUUCCCCGCCAGCUUCAUUAACAACGCCCAGGAUGACAGCGGCGCGAUCAUCACUAUCCACCCGCCCUUCCCCGGGGACCCUGUCCGCGUCAUCGAGACGACCGACGGCGUGCCACGCGAGGCGGAUGGCCGCCCGCCGAUGUUCUCGCCGGCGCAGGAGGCGCUCCUCAUGGUGCACCGGCGGAUCCUGGAGACGCAGCCUGACGACGGCGAUGAGGACGGCGAGUACGGGCCCAGGGGCAAGGACGCCAGGGACCGGGGUAAGGUGACCACCCGGCUCAUCGUGCCACGGCAGCAUGUGGGAUGCCUGCUUGGCAAGGGUGGCAAGAUCAUUGAGCAGAUGAGGUCCGAGACCAAGACGCACAUCAGGAUCCUGCCUCGUGAGCAGAACAUGCCUCGAUGUGUAUCGUUGUCGGAAGAGGUUGUGCAGGUUGUUGGAGAAGGAAAUUGUGUUAAAAAGGCUGUAGCGAUCAUCUCUGACCGUUUAAAGGAAAGCUUACACCGUGAUCGUGGUCCCUUUCUUCGUGGACGAAAUUCACCCGAACAUCGCAUUUCUCAGGCUGAUGAAUACCUGGGUGGUGGUCAGCAGAUGCCUGCAUUUGAAGAACCUUAUCCCCGAUUUGAUCAAAUUAGAAAUAAUGGUAGCAUGGAGCCACCAGGACAUGAGUUUGAUUCAAAUGGUAGCAAGUUCAAUGAACAUCCAGAGAUUCCAUUUGAUGAAAUCAUAUUUCGAAUCCUUUGCCCGAAUGACAAGGCUAGCAGUUUGGUUGGAUCACGAGAUGGAAUAAUAGAUAUGUUACAGGCUGAAGUUGGUGUUGAUGUUAGGCUUACUGAUCUUAUUGCUGGAUCUGACGAAAGGACUCUAAUCAUUACAUCGAGAGAGGGCCCAGACCACGAGCUUUUCCCAGCUCAAGAAGCAUUGCUGCACAUCCAAACCUUUAUCGUGGAUCUUGGCCCUGACAAGGAUAACAUUAUCACAACGAGGUUACUUGUCCCUUCAAGCGAAAUUGCUUGCUUUGAGGGGAGGGAUGGAUCAUUAUCUGAUAUACAGAGACAAACUAGCGCAAAUAUACAGAUAUUACCAAGAGAAGAACUUCCUUCUUGUGCCCUGGAAUCUGAUGAGCUCAUACAGAUUGUAGGAGAGAUUCGAGCUGCUCGGAAUGCUCUCAUGCAAGUAACUUCGAAACUACGAAGUUACAUAUACCGUGAGAUGUCUGCUCCUAUCCAAAUGGGCAGCAUUAAUGUACAUGGAUCCAUUUCUCCAGCAAAAGGCUCACCUCGAGGACUAUAUGCUGGAAAUGACCUUCCAAUGCCUAUCUACCAACAGGCACCACAAAUGGCAACUUCGUGGCACUCAAAGGAUAGUGGACUUAGUGCAAGUGGGUCGUUUGAGCAAGGGAGCAGCAUUAAUGAUGAUAUAAGACAAACUAAUACAAAGCGAUUUGCUGUCCCCCUAGUGACUAGAAGCACAUUAGAAGUUGUCAUACCCCAGAGUGCAGUUGCAAGCCUCAGCAUGAGGGCUGGAAGCAAGCUUGCCCAAAUAAGCGAGAUGUCCGGUGCAUCGGUCACGCUUGCUGAAGAUAGACCUGGAGUCAUGGAAAAAGUUGUUCGAAUAUCUGGUACCCCCGAGCAGGCCGACAAAGCUCAGAGCUUGCUCCAGGGGUUCAUACUUAGCAUCCAAGACGACAUUCCUUCGAGCUAA